AGGUUGCGGAUCCCACGGAGCCGGUAAGCAGGGUAUCAUACGAUAAGAAUAACUGAUAACGCCACUGUCACGCUGCUAACAAUUUGAUCGCGCCUGUGGAAGGUAAGGCUCAUUUCCCAGCAUUACCUAGAGCUAAAAAAACGAUUGGACCCCUUAAAAACUCGAACGUCUCUAGCGCAUUAUUAAACCUACGGGUCCCUUGUGAAUUUGAAUUUGUUCAACUCCUUUUCUAUUCGACGGAUCUCGAUUCUCUUUCUUGUUCCUCUCUCUUUUUACGAGUCUAUCCCCCCGAAUCAAUUACGAGUUUCAAGUCGUCCACUCCUCCGCUCCUUUAUACCUGUCGCUCCCUAAUUCGACUUGUAAACUUCGUGUAACGAUGCCCGGGCGAACUUUGCCGACCCUCACACAAGCUGAGGUCGAGUCACACAACUCGAAGAAGUCUUGCUAUGUCACCAUCGGCGCCAAUGUUUACGACGUGACUGAUUUCGUCGAAUCUCACCCCGGUGGCCCCGACCUAGUCCUCGAUUAUGCCGGAAAAGACAUCACCGCUAUUUUGAAAGAUGAAGAUUCCCAUACACACUCCGAGUCUGCCUAUGAAAUCCUAGAAGAGUCGCACGUUGCAUUCUUAGUAACAGAGAAGCUCGCGCCCAAUGGAGAGGUUCAGAAGAAGAUCGCAGAUUCCCAGAUCAACGACGAGGUCACCCCGUUAGUCCAUCCCCGAACCGGUAUGUCCUGCGAGGAGGACUUAAGCAAGGAAACGGACUACAGCACCGAUUACAAGCAACACAAGUUCCUUGACUUGAACAAACCUCUCUUGAUGCAAGUAUGGAAUGGUGGCUUUAGCAAGAAGUUCUAUUUGGACCAGGUCCAUCGGCCGCGACACUACAAGGGAGGUGCUUCUGCACCGCUAUUUGGAAAUUUCCUCGAGCCGCUCAGUUUGACCCCUUGGUGGCUUGUCCCUCUGAUCUGGUUGCCAGCUAUUGGCUACGGCACCUUUAUAGCCUCUCAGGGUUUCGAGACUACCCCGGCAUUGGUUGCUAGCUGGGUGUUCGGCUUAUUCUUAUGGACUCUGAUAGAGUAUAUCAUGCACCGAUGUCUUUUCCAUCUUGAUGACUACCUACCGGAUAACAGAGUCGGAAUCACACUGCACUUCCUGCUCCACGGUGUUCACCAUUAUUUGCCCAUGGACAAAUACCGCCUAGUGAUGCCUCCCGCCCUCUUUGUGGUACUUGCCACUCCCUUCUGGAAGUUGGCGCAUUCGCUAUUCUUCUGGGACUGGUACCUAGCCACCGCUAUCUUCUGUGGUGGCAUUUUCGGAUAUGUUUGCUACGAUUUGACACACUACUUCCUUCACCACCAGAAUCUCCCUCUCUGGUAUAAGGGGCUCAAGAAGUACCACCUCGCCCAUCACUUCCUGGACUACGAACUAGGUUUCGGUGUAACUAGCCGUUUCUGGGAUCAGGUAUUCGGUACGGAGCUACUGACCGUUGUCAAGUCUAACUAGGCUGUUGCCACGGCUUCAAUGAUGCGGGGGUUCAUUCAACCUACCUAGGUACAUAUAUCGAUACGUGUUGAAUGGACAUAAUGCUAAAUGGGCCGGGGACUAGGGUUCUAGGAGUAGG